AUGACUGCUAGCAGCAGCUGGGAGCAGCUGCUCUAUCUGUAUGGUGGAGACCAACCAUGGGAUUCGCUGCUAUGGGUCACUUCAGACGAUCGAGUUCGCGGAGGCGCCAGCAAGUCACACCUCUUCGUGGUGAAUCCCGAGAGGGCCCGCUUCUACGGCCAUCUCGACACCAAGACGCUGGGCGGUGCGGGUUUCGCAUCGCAGCAUAGCCUGGGCGUUCUGGACUGGGACCUGUCUGCGUACGACGGCAUCGUCGUCUCCGUGGCCCAGGCCGACGAGAAGCGAUAUGCCCUGACGCUCAAGGACGAGAUCCCGCCACGGAGGGAUGACGGGCGGCAGGAGGCGGGCAUCAGCUGGGAGGCGGUGUUCAAGGUGCCUCAGGAGGGAUCUCAGUACGACUUGAAGAAGGUCUAUCUGCCGUGGAGUGCGUUCAAGCCGACCUACCGAGGGAGGCCGAAGCCGGACGCGAAGCCGUUGGAUUUGAAACAUGUCAAGAGAGUUGGUCUGAUGAUGCGCAGUUUCUUUGAUGAGCAGGAUGGUGACUUCUCCAUUGACUUCCAUGCCAUUGCCGCGUGGAGAGAGGUUUCAGACGGCAGACCGGCAGAAGCAGCGGACCAGGGGGACGAGGAAGAAGACGAUCUGAAGGCUGCUACUCAGGCUGCGGCGGGGAAGGAGUUGCAGAGUCGCCGACGUGUUUGGCUUAGACGGUUACUUUGUGGUUUGAUUUGA